UCCCCACAAACCCUCCCUCCGUCUCGCCAGCCGCCGGCCAUGGAGAAGAAAAAGGCAGCGGCGGCGCGAUCCGCUCGCAAGGAGCGAAAGUCCCACGGAGCCGCGCGGAAGCGGGCGCGGAGUGGAGACUGCGACGUGAACGCCGGCGAUUUCAUCAGCCGCCUCCCGGACGCUGUCCUCGGGACCAUCAUCUCUUUACUCCCCACCAAGGACGGCGGCCGCACGCAGAUCCUCUCCCGCCGAUGGCGCCACCUGUGGCGCUCUGCUCCUCUCAACCUCGAGGUCAUCACCGGGCCUCCCGGAAGCUAUCCUCGGCACCAUCAUCCGUCCGCGGUCCACCACUCCGCCGUCUCCAAGAUAAUCUCCCAACACCUUGGCCCCGCCCGCCGAUUCUGCCUCAAGCACCUGAUCGACGGCGACCUCCCUGAGAUGGAGAGCUGGUUGGACUCCCGAGCCCUCAUCAGCCUCCAGGAACUCGACAUCAUCAAUUACACUGGAUAUAAGACCGGCUAUACAUUGCCGCAAUCCGUGUUCCGCUCCGCAUCCACCCUUCUCGUUGCCAAGAUAAUGGGUUGCAAUUUCCCGGACGCGAUCACACGCUCCAUGAAUUUCUACCUCCUCAACCAGCUUUCCAUGGAUUGUGUUUCGAUCUCGGGGGAUGUGUUCCACGGCUUGCUCUCCGGCUGCCAUGCCUUGGAGAGCUUAGCCAUGCUUGAAGUUCAUGCUGCUGGUUGCCUCCGUGUUAGCUCGCCAACUCUUAGGAGCAUUGGCUUCCGCAAAGGAUCUCGUAAAAGAGCCGAAUUGGUCCUCGAGGAUACUCCUCGCCUUGAAAGGUUAUUAUUACCGUAUUGUGACCGGAAUAAUUCUGCGACUAUCCGGGUUAUUUGGGCACCUAAACUGCAGAUAUUUGGGCCUUUCUCAACAGGCGCGUGUGAACUCCGGGUCUUCCAGGUAGCAGCAACAGACAUCAUUCAGCAUUCUUACAUGGAGAUGGUUAUUUUUUAUGUUGGUUGUUUUCUUCAGGGAAUGAGCCCCGUCAGCUCAACAAACUCGAUACACACCGUGAAGGUUUUGGCCCUCGGGUGUUCUGAACAUCAAUUGGGUGCAGUUCUUGACGUCCUCAUGUGGUUCCCCUGUUUGGAAAAGCUCUAUGUCACAUUUCACGCACACUAUAGGACGUUUAAGCAAAAUGAGCAUCACUAUGACCCACUACAUCCAGCGUGCCUUCAGACCCAUCUAAAGAGAGUGGUGUUUAAGUUAUUCAAAGGCUCUAAGCAACAGAUUGAGUUUGUCAUGUUCUUUAUUUUGUAUGUGAAAUUGCUAAAGAAAAUUGAAUUCCAAGUUUGCGGGGACUACUACAACACUGAAUUUGUGGCUCGUCAACGCGCGCUGCUCAAAGUCGGAAACAGAGCUUCUCGAUAUGCUCAAUUUACAUUCAGGAAUACUAGUGGUUGUACUGAUGACCAUGUCACCAAGCAUAUCCACGAUUUGUCACUAGCUGACCCCUUUAGACUGCCUUAGACAGGGCUCAUUUUCUAGAUGGGGUUAAUGCAAAAAGAGUAAACUGCUGAAAUGUGAAAUGCUGUAAUGGGUAGGAAUGCGACAG